AUGUUGAGCAGAAAUGGUCCAUUGCCAUCCGAACCACGCCUUCCUCUGGCCCAAGAAUAUGUCCGUUUUACCAUUGAAACAACAUCAUCUGUUGACCUUGAUCCUCCCUCCUCCGGUCCAUUAGAAAAACCGCCACAACCGAUCUCGGAUUCGAGGAGUUCGCACACUGCCCAAUCUUCCCUGAAAGCUACCAACUCGGUCUUGUCACACUACAAAAACUUGCACGACGUCUCCUCUGCUAGGUCCUUCUCAACCAUUGCCAACGACAAACGCAUCAGCCCCACCCCUGAGCUCACGAUAAACCUCCCGAACAAGAAAUAUACCCGCAUCAUGCGUAACAUUCGGUGGACCGUCUUGUCCGUCUAUCGCCGCCUUAAUAUACUUGUCCUCACUACGAAUAUAGCCGCCAUUGCGGCUCUUGCCUGUCGGAAAAUUCUACUGUCCAUGACUCCAGAAUCCGCCGCCACGGCCGUUUCUGUCAACUUGAGUAUCGCUGUCCUCAUCCGCCAGGAGUUGGUAGUCAAUGGCCUCUUCUGGCUCUUUGGCAAAUGCCCCCAGUCUUUCCCCCUUCGCAUCCGUCGACUCGCGGCAAAGAUAUACCAUCUAGGCGGCAUACACAGUGGCGCUGCGAUGGGUGCCACUGUGUGGUUCGCCAUAUUCAACGUCUCCAUCGUCAACGCCUACCAAACCAGCAAUCUGCUCUUCCACCGAGAGGCACUCCCCGCCAUCACCGUCGUCCUCGACGUCCUGCUCAUCUCAAUUGUGGUCAUGGCCCACCCAGCCAUUCGUGCACGAACGCACAACACGUUCGAAUUCAUCCAUCGCUUCGCCGGCUGGACCUCACUCGCUCUAUUUUGGGUACUGUUUGGGCUAUUGGUGGAUGCCAGAAUGCGCGCUGAAGGAAGCACCGUGACCAUCCAAUCUGCCGUGGGAGGGAACCCCAUUUUUUGGACCUUGCUCAUCGCCACAAUCUCGGUAGCUUCACCAUGGAUCUGGCUCAGAAAAGUGCCAGUCAACGCUGAACCUUUAUCGGACCAUGCCAUCCGCCUCCACUUUACUUACACUAACCUGCCUCUUUGCGCAGCCCCUCGUGUAUCUGACAGCCCUUUGCUCGAAUGGCAUGCCUUUGCAGGUAUCCCGGAGCAAGAUGGUCAGGGGUUUUCCAUUCUCGUCUCUAGAGCCGGUGACUGGACCGCCAAACUGAUCAGGAAUCCGCCAACCAAACUUUGGGUCCGCGGAAUACCUACAAUGGGCGUUUUGCACAUCGCUCCAAUUUUCAAGAAGGUUGUCCUGGUUGCCACGGGCUCUGGUAUCGGUCCCGUUUUAUCCUUGCUCACCAAGGUCAAGAUUAAUUGUCGCAUCCUUUGGUCUACCCCAAACCCAGAAGCAACAUACUCGUCCAGCGUGAUAGAUAAUGUUUGUCACGCUGAUCCGGCCGCGAUUAUCAUCAACACCUCGGUGUCGGGAAGGCCCGAUCUUGUGAACCAAUCAUACGAGCUCUAUGCAAAAUCAGGGGCUGAAGCAAUAUUCAUAAUCUCCAACCCCAGAGUCACCCGAACCGUCGUGUAUGGCCUCGAGUCUCGUGGCGUUCCGAUUUUUGCACCCAUUUUCGACUCAUGA